GAAUUCUUACGUCUACAAUGCAACACCCACAACUCCGCUGGGCUCAAAGAAGUUCAGAAACAGAAGCUGAAAAGAACUUACUCUUCAUUACUAUCAACCUUAGUGAUAUUGAAGGUACACCAAAGCUCAAUUUGAGCUCAGAAAAGCUUGAAUUUGAAGCUAAAUCUAAUGGAGAAAAAUACGGUUUCGAUAUUGAAUUAUUUGAUAAAGUACAAGACAAACCAGUCAAAGUAAACCAAACGGGUAAAGGUCUUUCCCUUACUUUGUUGAAAUCUACACCAAAAGCUGAAUACUGGCCACGUCUGCAAAAAGAGAAGACUAAGUUGCCUUACGUCACAGUCGAUUGGUCAAAAUGGGUUGACGAAGAUGAACAAGAGGAUGCAGUUGAGGAGGGAAACCCAAUGGAGGGAUUAGAUAUGAGCGGAAUGGGAGGUAUGGGUGGAAUGGGUGGUAACCAAAUGGAUUUACAAGCUAUGAUGCAGCAGCUUGGACAAAAUACCGGCGGUGACCAGCCAGAUGAGGAAUCUGAUGAUGAAGAAAAUACUGUCUAAUUAAUACAUUUUUUAUUUUCUUUUAUUUCGUUAUCUUGCUGUCUUCUCCUUUAUC